UUUGGUUAAUUUGCGAAACCAGACUCCUAGUAUGCCUAUAAAUUGAACCCAAGACUUCCUAUUUACCACACCUCAUAUUCAUAUCAUAUCAUAUAAGAUAGCAUAACCCAUGGAUACAAAAAGCGUGCCAAGCUUGAAUGAUGGCAACGUGAAGAAGACCAAAGGUCGACAAAAAAUCGAAAUGAAGAAGAUAAGCAAUGAGCGUUACCUUCAGGCGACUUUCUCGAAGCGCCGCACCGGAAUUUUCAAGAAAGCAAGUGAGCUUGCCACCCUCUGCGACGUGGACCUUGCUGUGAUCGUCUUCUCCCCCGGUAAUCGAGUUUUCUCCUUCGGCAGUCCCCAUGUUGAUUCCGUUAUCCAACGCUAUAUAGCUCAUGCCCCAACUCCUCCCACCCUCGACCUUAAUGAACCCUUCUGCACCAUGGAUGAGCGUGGGCUCCACGCGCACCUCGACUACCUGGCGAAUCGGUUCACCAGGGAGAAGAAGCGCGAAGAGGAUUUGAAUCGUUUGUUGGAGGUUUCAAAGAAUCACUUUUGGUGGACCUCACCGAUUGAAAGCAUGAACAAGGCCCAAGUCGAGAACUAUAAGAAGGCCUUGGAGGACCUAAAGACACUUGUCAAUAAAAAACGUGGAAGCUCCUCUUCCCAUGUUAAUAGCGCUGUGCCUAUGCAAAAUCCUAUGGGUGUGAUUGAUGGGACAAUCUUGUGUUACCGUCAAUUUAAUGACAUUCAAAGAAAUGGACCUACUCCUGGGUUAUUUUGAUUAAUUCCCCCAAAAGAGAGAUAUCCAAUAUUGAUGAUGCCUUAUUUAAAUUUUUAAUUCAUGUUGUUUAAUUUUUGUUUAGAACAAGCACUGGCAUAACCUGUUUCAUGUGUGGGACAUGGUUUUGACUGAUUUGCUAGGGUUUGGGUUUUUCUUGUCUUGAAUAAUGUUCAUCAUAUGUUGGUGGAGUGUCUUUAAUUUCCUUUAGGUCGUUUCUUUUCUUUUGUGAUUAGGAACUGUGUUGUCUUGUUUGAAUAAAAAGGCAUCUUUUAUAAACAAAUAUCCAAUUCUAUAUUAAACUCCAAUCUUU